UUCACCGUUAAUCAGUCUCUGCAUAUAUUUCGUCAUCUGAAGUUUCAGCUUAGCUCGAAGGUGAUUAUGUGAACCCGAAAUCAGGAAAAAUGGCACAAUUGAGGGACGAGUAUGGGAACCCGGUGGAGCUGAGGGACGAACUCGGCAACCCGGUUCAACUCCGAGAUGAACACGGCAACCUUGUUCACAUCAAAGGCGUGGCAACCACCGGCGGUGGCACCGAAAGGAGGGAAGACCAAGGACCACCGUCGUCUUCGGCGGCAACUACCGGUCCUCGUACCCUGAGGAGAGAAGGGGAAGGGCCGGUUGAGACCACUCACCAUCACACGCUGGGUGACGUCCUGAAGGAUACUGGUCAUGCAACCGAGCGGACCGCUGCCGGUGCGAUGAAGACUACAGGUCAGGCCACGGAGCGAGCCGCUGCCGGCACUGCAGCGGUUGGAGGUGGGAUUCUCGGCGGCGCUGCUGGUGUCGGAGGCAACCUCGUGAGCAGUGUCACAGGACACAAAGGAGCUGAUGAUUCCGAGAUCCGACGCUCCCCGAGCACCAGCUCCUCCAGCUCGUCGGAGGACGAUGGUCAGGGAGGGAGAAGGAAGAAGAAAGGGCUGAGCCAGAAGAUCAAAGAGAAGCUUACAGUGAAUAAGCGUAAGGACAAAAAGGAUCCCGUCACCGGCCAAGAUUACGCGUCAUCGACUGCGAAUACAACCACGACCACAGCUCCGACGUACCCUGAACAUCACGAGAAGAAGAGUGUUAUGGAGAAGAUCAAGGAGAAAUUGCCUGGCCAUCAUGGGCAUGAUCAGCAUAAUCAUUAAAUAAUGUUUACAGAGUUGUUAUCCCCUGUUUCCUGGUCUAGCCACCACCAUGUAGUUAUAAGUUAAUAAUGUUCAUACGGUGGGAAUUUGUGUACCCAAUGGGUUGGGUUGGGGCGGGUUUUAUCAAAUCGAAAUUCAAACUCAAACUUACCUUUUUAUCCAAAAAACAGGGGGUAAAAUAUUCGCGGGGUAAAAUAUUCGCGGGUUCAUGGUACCCGUGGGUUUUUCUAGUAAAAAAUUUAUAAUAACAAGUUUCUUUCAAAAUAAAAGUUUAACAUCAAUUUUCUCAUACAAAUUAAUCAUACAAAAAAAUACUAAUCUAGAGCAUACAAGCAAACCGUAAAUGAUCAAUACAAAUUGGUCAAAAUUAAAGAUAAACAUUGAAA